AUGGCUCCCUCGAAACGUUCCAGGGAUGCCCGAAACGUCCUCAUCGAUCACAUCAAGAAAACCUACGAACAUAACGCGUUUCCUGAGGAAUGGAGAAACCUUCCUGAAGUUCCGUCUUCUGCAGAAAUCAAGCCUGCCUACAAGGAUCCUGUAAUUGUGGAGGAGGAGCCAGAAGAAUGGGACGCAUACCAACAAGAAAUUGUGUACAAUGAAAAGCUCCCUCGUAAUAUUGUGGAUGGUCCUUGGCCGUCCAAAGAAGCCUACAUUGGCGCACACUACCAGCUUACCCGGGAAGAUUCAAAUGCUCCGCUACGAAAUGCUGUUACCGAAGUUCAAGCCAAUCCUUCAAUGGACGAUACUGGUGAUACUUGUAUCUACACAGGUCUGACUUUCAUCGGCAUAACACUAAGCUGCAGAGGUGUCGCUUCUCGAGUCGAGUUCUCCUGCGAGCGUGCUGGAAAGCAGAUCAGAUGGGAACAGUCAAAACGCUUGCUUCAAGGAACUAUUGUGGCUCUUACACCGGAGAGAGAUAUGUUCAAAACCAUCUGCAAGGUAGCCAUUGUCGCAGCACGAGCCAUCAGGGGCGGUCUCGACCAAGAUCCUCCUAGCAUUGAUAUUUUCUGGGGAGAUAUCAAAGAUAUGGUCAUUGAUCCAGUAGAGAAAUAUGUCAUGGUGGAAUCUCGACAGGGCUUUUUUGAGUCGUCUCGCCACACGAUGGUUGCAAUGCAGAAGCUCAUGACUGAACCGUUCUCUUUUGCUAGGGAACUGGUAGAGCUUGACUCCUCUCCAGAAGCCCCAUCAUACGUACAGCAGAAUCCUUUCAUGGACUUGAGAUCUUUGGAGCGCAAUAUAGAGGAGGCACCAGAGCCCUUAACCUUGUCUAACGUGGAUGUAACCCAAGACUUCCCGAAGAACAUCAAGUGUGGAAUGGACUUGUCGCAAAUGAAUGCCUGCAAAAACAUGAUAACCAAGCGAUUGUCAAUUGUUCAGGGUCCUCCAGGAACUGGCAAGACCUUUGUAUCCAUUUCGGCUCUGAAGGUCAUGAUUCAGAAUUUGGGACCUGAUGAUCCUCCUAUCAUUGUCGCAGCUCAAACAAACCAUGCCCUGGAUCAAUUGUUAAACCACAUCCUGGACUUCGAAGCUGAGAUCGUCAGACUAGGGGGUCGAUCCGACAGAGCAAAUACUGCCAUCAGAGCACGCACAUUAUACGAAUUACGUCAAACCAACGACUGUUCCAAAGUUAACCAGGGUUUAUCAGCUGCUUAUAAAGAGCUUGGAGGAUUGUACUCAGAAGUAGUGGGCAUACUGUCACCGCUAUUAAAUAACUCUGUCAUCACAGCUGAUACUCUUCUUGAGCUCAAUAUCAUCACCAAAUCGCAACGUCAGUCUUUGGAGGCGGGAGACUGGGCCGUCGAGCAGAGCGAGAACGAUGUUGUUACUGAAGACCUUCAGGCCUGGCUCACCACUGCCCAGCUUAUGGCUAUUCCGCCAACACCAUCCAUCAAUCUUGGAUUUCCGCUGGAAGAAGGUGACAUCGAAUAUGAGCAGCUUCAAGACCUCGCGGCUGAAAUGGCGGACGCUGAUGGCCCUGAGGAGCUGGAUCGUGACUUCGGUCUUGACGGGCAAUGGCUUGCCUUUCGCCGAAAAAUGACUGGAAGACACAAUACUCCCAUAAUCGAUAGUACUAUGCGAAGAAAGCUGAGCCGCUGCAAGGAUCUGUUUGAGAUUCCUGUAGCCGAACGUGGUCAGAUGUACCGAUAUUUUGAGAAACAGGUGAACGGCAUCAUGAUGCAGAAGCUGCAAGACUUUCUCCCGAAAUAUCAGCGAUGCAUUGAGAACUGGAAUAUCACUAAAUCCCUGUCAAAUAUCAAGCUUAUGCAACAACUUGGCAUCAAGGUGAUUGGCUGCACAACAACCGGUCUUUCCAAGUAUCGAGGAUUUCUCUCGGCAAUCGAGCCUCGAACUUUGCUCAUUGAGGAGGCGGCUGAGACACUCGAGUCCAAAAUUAUCGCUGGCAUGAUGGAAUCUCUGCAGCAGUUGAUCCUUGUCGGCGAUCACAAGCAAUUACAAGCAUCCUGCACAGUUCGGGCUUUGCAAGAUGAGCCAUAUAACCUGAGCGUUUCAAUGUUUGAACGAUUGGUAAAGAACUCCAUGCCAUUCGUGAUGCUCAAUCACCAACGUCGUAUGAUCCCGGACGUCCGCAAACUUCUUUGUAUUCCACCAAACCCCUUUUAUAGAGAUCUACACGAUCAUGAGAGCGUGUUAGACAGAGUAAACAACCGACCGCCUGUUCCAGGAAUGGGAGGACUGGAUACCUACUUCUUUUCGCACAACUGGAUUGAAUCUAGAACAUUUGACGGUAGUUGCUUCAACAUAGCUGAGGCCGACAUGAUUGCGGAGUUCUUCAGCUAUCUUGUAGUCAACGGUGUUGAGUCGCCCAAGAUCACUGUCCUUACAUUCUACAACGGGCAGAGAAAGACCAUCAUCAAGCAGUUGAAGCGACAUCCAAGUCUGGGAGACACAACGUACUUCAAUGUGUUCACAGUCGACAGUUACCAAGGCGAGGAGAAUGAUAUUAUUCUACUGUCCAUGGUUCGAAGCAACCAAAAUAUGGGUGUUGGAUUCUUGGACAACAAGAACCGAUUGGUGGUGGCACUGUCACGAGCUCGUCGUGGCCUGUACCUUUUUGGCAAUUCAGUGACAUUGACCGCAGGAGAAACAACAGAGCUGGCGUUCGGACGGGACGCGCUCUUCGACCCUUUUAUCAUCUUCAUGAGAAAUCAAGGUCGUUAUGAUAUCGAUGGAGGGUUGCCUGUCACUUGCGCAAGACACAACUCGGUGACCAGAAUAUAUGAUGCCGAUGGUUGGGCAAUGCUCGCUGGAGGAUGCCAAAGGUCGUGCGAGGGCGGUAUUCUGCCGUGCGGCCACACCUGCACCCUUCUAUGCCACCCUUUCGGUCAUUCCAGAGUCAUCUGUAGGGAAGCUUGCACUAAGACUCUUCCCUGUGGUCAUGGCUGCUCCCGCAAUUGUGGGCAAGGUUGUGUCUGUGACCAGUGCCAUGUUGCUGAGACUGGAUUGAUCUUUGUUCCUGACAACUUCGAGUAUUGGGAGCCAGAUCCAUGUGAUUCUCCUACUUCGAGCGGCAGUCCUACUAAAAGUGCCAUAAAGAGCGGAGAUCCACAAGGGCUUGAUCAUCGACAAGUCAGAUUCGACGACGACGCCAAUCCAUUCACGGUCUCGGAUGUACGUCACGAUCUGCAUUUGUCGAAUAGUCGAGUGCAAACAAACGGUCGACCAAUUCCGCCUCGCUCGAAGGCAAUUACAAAGGGCCGCAGAGUUGUAUCAGAUCUUGCUACUGGAUAUUCUUCGACACACGGAAGUAGUUCUGGUAGAUCGACGCCAAACAAAUCUCAUUCACAACGCUCAAAACGAAGCCACAGCCAACAGCCGCCUCUUCUUGUUGGAUAUAGGCGUGAGCCUGUUGUUGACAGAAACCACCCUGGUUUUAGGGACUGGCAGAAUUACAACGCAAAGCAAGCCGACCAAGAGAUCGAUGAAAAGCAACGCAUGGAAGCAGCCAAAGCUCCAAAGGUAGAUCCAUCUUCCAUUAUCAUCAAGGAGACAUUCCGGCCAGUAAUUAUCAAAAACGGCGUGAGAACCAAGGAUCCAUCGGGUCCUGUCCGCACUCUCAUUCAACCUCGACGCUCAGAGAAAUCUCAGGCUCCACGAGAAUCUAGUCCUACUUCGACAUCAACAAAGAAUACCGACCUCACUAUCCCCGAUGCUUCCAUUCAACAGCAGCGUUUGGAAAUUGAAAAGUGUCUGGUUACACAGGUAUUAUCUUCCACGACAGCAGCAGGAAAGUCUGGGGACCUUAGUCGCCCUAUGGAUUCCGACGACCACAAACGUUUGGAGCUUGCAAAGUCUAUGGCUCUCCAAGAAACCACAUCCGUACCAAAGACUGAUUUGGAUCCAAUUCCCCCGGAGAGCCCAUCGGUUAGGCACAAAGCUGACGUCAACAAACGCAAAACGAAGAAUACCGGGACACUGCAACAGAAGCAGGGAAACUCAAAGAGAUGCCCACAGUCUCCACUCGUUAGCCCCAACCAGUCGAGUCCCGAAUUUCCUCCAGCGGUAGUCGGCUCUGAAAAGAGUGGUACUCAUGUUCUUGUUGAUGAUUUCGUACAGAUUACAAACAAAGACGAAGAGAAGAGCCCCAAUCUGACUACUAUUGGACCCAAAAUUCGAGACCUCCUCGACGACUCUGAUUCUCCUCCACUUCACGUCGAUUUCAAUCCAGCUACUUUUCAUCAUCCUACUCAGGAGACUGCAGAUCUUCUUGGUGAUUUCUUUGGUCCUCUGAAAGCUCCGAAGCUUGAGAAACUCGACAAACUACAUCCUGUUGCUAUCACUGAACAACGCGGCCCAUGGACCAGUGUUCUCUCUGAUGAGAGUGAAUCAGCGGCUGGCGGUGAAGCUGAGUGCAUUAAGAUCAUUCCUGCAUCAGUUGAGCGACUUGGUCAGCAAUCUGACAUUCUGUCAGUCUCCGAUGAUCUCGGCCGUCCACUUUCCAAGAACUCUGCGGCAGGCCGAUCCAUUGCGCAACCGGAUAGUACAGAAUCAUCUCCAGCAGAUUUCACUGAAUUUUCUACAGUGGCAGCUGACUUGUCUUCUCGGACCCUCAAAUCUGAUCCUGAAGUCAAUGUCAAGCAUGGCGCGCUGCAUAGCGGGGUCCUCCACGCUAAUCAUGUACAGAAACAAUUCGACGAUAUCCUGAUAUGCCCGAUCUCGAAGAAAUGUGGAAAGCCACGCCAACAUGUAGUUGUUACCUCGUUGGAUGAUGACAGCUCUAAACAGCAGGACGGUGGCCAUGGUGUUGACCUUUUGCUGGAUUUCGGAAGCGAUCUCCAGGCUCGGCAAUUGGCACCCCCAAAGAGCCUCAUUGACGAGUCUGAAGAUGUUCCUUCCAUUUCAUUUCCUGCCCACGCUGGCGGUUUGGACGGUGAUGAAGAUCUCAUUGCUUUUUAG